AUGAUCACUCUCGACCAUGCCCUCACGCUCGCAACAGAGCACAAAAUCUCCAUCGCAGCUCUAACAACCGUCAUCCUCAUAAUCCUCAUCAACCGCCUCUUCUCCACCACCGCUGAUGCCUCCAAAAAGGGCGUUCCUACAUCCCGCGUCUUCCAAUGGGAUCCCUUCUACGGUCUAGACAUGGUCUACAGCCAAGUCCGAGCUCUCAAAAAUGACUACUAUCUUGAUUGGCUGCGUCGUCUGCACCGCAACAGACCGAAGACGUUUUCCAUCAAUUUCUUCGGCAUAAAACAGAUCUGUACUAUCGAGGGUGAGAACCUCAAGGCGAUCCAGGCGACUAACUUCAAGGAUUUUGGAUUGGAGCCCAUGAGACGUAGGACAAAGGGUGCUAUGCCCUUUGCCGACAAGGGUAUUAGUACCACCGAUGGAAAGAACUGGGAGUUUGCAAGAUAUCUUGUCAAGCCCUUCUUUUACCGCGAGGUUUAUGCCAGCAUUGAUCGUAUCAGACCCUAUGUUGAUCAAUUCAUGACUCUGCUUCCUCAAGAGGAUGGAGUUGAGUUUGAUGCCCAGCCUCUUGUCCAACGAUGGUUCCUCGAUUUGACUAGUGAAUUCAUCUUUGGCGAGUCAAUGAAAUCAAUGGACUUUCCCGAACGCGCAGAUAUCACCUGGACAAUGAUGACCGUCCUCCGCGGCGGCCGUCUCCGUAUCCAGUUCUACCGUUUCCUCUGGGCCUUCAACUGGAACUGGUGGCUCGAAGCCGUAUACAAAGUGCAUGACUUUGUCAAUGUUCACAUCCGCAGUACUUAUGCUGAGAUCGAAGAGCGCAAGAAACUCAUCACCGAGGGUAAAGAAGUUGGACCUGAGAGGACUGACCUCUUGUGGUUCAUGGCAUCCAAUGUCCCUGAAGAGGAGGAAUUACGAUCGCAGCUUUGUCUGGUCUUUGUGCCCAACAACGAUACUACUUCUAUCUUUAUCAGUAAUUGCCUGUGGCAUCUAUCUCGACACCCUGAGGCAUGGAAGAAGCUGAGGGAGGAGGUUCUUGCUUGUGGUGAUGAGCAACCUACUUUUGAAUCUCUUCGUCAUAUGACGUGGCUGAACGGUAUCAUGAAUGAGACCCACCGUCUUACACCCAACAAUGUCGUCCAAGUCCGCGCAGCCCUCAAUGACUCAAUCCUUCCCCUCGGCGGCGGUCCAGAUGGUAAACUACCCCUGCACGUCCGCAAAGGCAAUCUUGUAUCGGUCACAAAGACAGUCAUGUACCGUGACCCAGAUAUCUGGGGCCCUGACGCCGAAGAGUUCAAGCCCGAGCGUCACGAUGGUCUGAGAGGUACGUGGGAUUUCUUACCUUUCGGUGGAGGUCCUCGUCGUUGCCCUGCGCAGAUGAUGGUCCAGACUGAGGCUGGAUAUAUUCUUUACCGAAUGGCGCAGAAGUUUACUCGUAUUGAGUCACGGGAUAACUCACCGUACACGCCUGUUAUGCGUAUUGGACCUUCUAACAAGAAUGGUGUCAAGAUCGCGCUUUACAAAUAA